AUGACGGCUCCGCCCGGGGCCGCCUCGCCCCCUCUCCGAUCCUUCGCUGAUAUUCUAUCAGCCUCCUCCACUCCCUCCGCACUGCGUCCUCCAGAAAGAUUCAAAGGGAUGCCGGCAGUAUCCUUUUCAGAUGAUGAUGUUAAUCUUUUUGCGCACAAGUUCCGUUUCGCGCUAGUCGGGAAGUUUGAGAAGAGUCAGCCUCCAAUGGCAGACAUCAGGAAAACCUUUGAUCUCAUCGGAUUUGGCGGUGCUUUCACCCUCAGACUCCUUGAUCAACGCCACAUUCUCAUGAACUUUGAUCAUGAAGCGGACUUUCAGAGAUGUUGGCUUCGGAAGACUUGGUCAAUUAAAGGAGCCCUGAUGAGGGUUUUCAAGUGGACGCCAGAUUUUCAUCCAGACAUGGAAUCUCCCAUUGUCCCAGUAUGGAUUGCUUUUGAAGGUCUUCCAGCUCACCUGCAAGAUAAGCGGGUCAUCUACUCCAUUGCGAAUCUCAUCGGUUCGCCCCUCAAGGUCGACAGCUCCACUCUUCUUCACAAUCGGCCUUCCGUUGCUAGGGUGUGCGUAGAGCUUGAUGUCAGCACCACCCUCACAAACCAGGUUUGGAUCAACAAUGGCUCCUUUGGUGGUUUUGCUCAGAAGGUGACGUAUGAGUUUAUCCCGCCCUAUUGCCUGGGAUGCCGAAAAUUUGGCCACCUUAAAUCAGAAUGCUCUGCGCAGUCGGAGAAGCAACAGCAUGAUACUAGGCGGGAGCCCAUGGCUGACCGGGUACCCGAGCGCCUAAUCAUAGUCCCACCUCGGAAGCGUUGGCGCCAGGCAGCAAGCCAUGUAACAACUCCCGAAGAUGCCCCAAAUGAACAACCACCACAGGCGUGUCUGAGUAGUCAUCAGCCGGAAUCGGAGAAUUCAACGGCUCCUUUCAUUGUGCCAGAUGCCAACGCACCUCUAGGAGCAACGUUAAUAGAUGACCAGGGAGUUCGACGUGCUCCGUCAGAUUCUCAGCCUGGACACCUUUCGGAUGGAGAUGAGCUUCUGAAUGUGGAGGUCUACAGUCCUUCGCUGUUGGAUUCAUGGAAGGAGGCGAGUAAAAUGUUCGCUCUGAAACUUGGAGGAAACAAACAGGACAAUUAUGUUACGGACCGCUUGCUUCAGAUGAUCACCGAGUUGGGGUUCUCCGAUGGUUUUGCCUCGGAGACAUCAAAAAUCUGGUUGCUUUGGUCUGCGGACAUUGAGGUGGAGGUGGUGCUUGAUUCUGAGCAAUUCGUCUGCUGUACUAUUAAUUACUUGCCUUGGCAAUUUGUCUUCUCUUUUCUGGCAGUUUAUGGUAAACACACGAGGACAGAGAGAGCGCAGCUUUGGGCCCAGCUUUCAAUUGUUUUGGGGGGCUCUUUACCGGUGCUCUUGAGUGGGGAUUUCAAUGUUAUCUCAAGUCUCUCUGAAUAUAGGGGAAGUUCUGUACCAGACACAAAUAGCAUUUCAGACUUUUCAAGCUUUAUUUGUGACAAUAACUUAAUUGAUUUAUCAGUGAUCGGGAAUCAAUACACUGGGCAUGGGAUACACACUACGGGGCCGGUUUGGAAAAGGCUUGACCGCUUCCUCAUGAAUGCAGCUUUUCGGGAUGUUUUCACAGAUGUGAGGAUCGUUGUCUUAGCAAGGACCACGUCGGAUCACGCCCCAAUUUUAUUAACAGGGUCUAAUGACGCAGUAUCAUGUCCAAAGUAG